UGGUUUGCUGGCAGUAACGGAAGAUUUCUUAUCGUUCCACAGCAGCAUUCUAGUCAACUAAUGUCCGAUGAAGCAUUAGGGAUCUUGCAGUUGUUUUGUCCAAAAUUUGGGGAUUGCAGCUCCCCCAUGUCGUCUUUCCGCGCUUCCACAUGAGCCAUGCAUUGCAAAGCUUGGCAUGCCGUGGAAAUGUCUCCGGGCCGCUCCCUGCUUUAUAUCUACCUUUUACAUUAGUCACUUCACUAAUCCUUUUUGUACUGUACCCUUCAAGGGAGUCUCGGGACGCUUCACCGGUGGCGCUGUGGCGCCCCUUGCGGGCCCUUUCAAGAUGCAGCGUCACAUUUCUGCCCUCAGAUAUCAAUUUCCCCUCUGCAAAAACCCCCCUGUACACCCGUCAUCCCAACAUUUCUCUCACCGAUAUAUGCGCAACGAGCCUCUUCUAUCCUCUUUCGCCUUGGUCCUGCUUUCCCAAGAAACGUAUAAGCACUCGUUUUGUAAAAUCUUGCCGCUUGACGAAGAACCAGCUCACGUAUGUUGAAAAUUUCCACGUUGACAAUUUGCAUAAACUACUGCAUAGCCGCAUUUCUUUCUAACCAUUCCCGCUGAGUCACGAAGGCGUGAAGUGACUAAAUUCUGUUUGCUGAAUGUUGGGAGUUUUAAUUGUUUGUCCUUUUGACCAGUGAAAGUCUGCUUCGUCUGCCAUAAAAGUUCAUCCUCUUCCGCCACCGAUC